UGUAACCAGCUCCAAGCUGGCGUGUUGUGCGGCCAGCAGUUUUGCAGCAGCGGCAGCAGCAGCCGCGGCGCGCGCGCGGGGGAGCCCGGGCUGGCAAGCAAGGCAAGGCAAGGCACGGCAAAGCAAGGCAAGGCACGGCAAGGCAAGGCAAGGCACGGCAGAGCGGACAGGCGGAGCGCAGGCGUUCGGAAGGCGAAGAAGCGGUGCGAAAGCCGAGCGAAGGGGGAAGAUAGAAAGAAGAAGGCGACGAAGCCGCAGCCUCAGCAUCCGCAGCCUCAGCAUCAGCAGCAGAAGAAAGGCAGCCGGCUAGGAGUUGAGAGCCGGCGGGGCGAGCCUCCUUUUUUUUUUUUUUGGGCAAGGCUGCUGCGGUGCUUGGGGGCUGGCCUCUGCAAAGGCGUCCGUCCACCGGAGCUUUGGGAUCGGCGUACAACUUCCCAUUGACACCCCCCCACCUCCCAAAAAAGAAGAAGGUGGAAAGAAAAGAAAGAACGAAGAAAUCCCCCCCCCUCCAAAAAAAACCAAAAAAAACCUCAAACCGGCGAUUCGGGGGCUGAGAUCCGGCGUUCCUCUUUGCAGCUGCCUCUCGGAGGGAUUUUUUUUUUUUAAAAAAUUAUUAUUACAUUAAUUAAUUAUUUUUUUCGGGGGGGGGGUGUUGCUUCGCUGCUCCCGCCUUUGCUCCCUCUGCGGGGUGUGGGGGGGGGCGACGACACGGACGAUGAGCUGCGCCAGCAAACUUUCCUCGCCGCUUCUUUUGUUUCCUGCGGCGCCGGAGGAUGCUCAACGCCAGAUAAGGAUGGGGGCCCCAAACGGAGCCGCCGGGAGGAGAGCGGGUGAAGAAGCGCUGCCUCGCGGCCAGCGGCGCUCCUGAGUGCCUCCCACCGCCCGCGACGCCCUGCUUGCCCACCUGCCCAGCCGAGAAGCUUUCGCGGACCGCCGCUUCAGGUUUCUUCCCUCCCUCCUCCUCCUCCUCCUCCUCGCCUUGCAAGCCGGUGGGGGCAUUUCGCUCCGCCGCCAGCUGCAGGUCCUCCUUUGCCCACGGAGAGAGAGAGAGAGAGAGAGAAGGAAGGGAGGAGGAGGAGGAGGAUUGGGGCGGGGGGUCCGGCUUAUCUUCCUCGCCCCCCCCCCAUCCCCGCCUUCCCGAUGCCUCCUGCAACGCAUCCGACGGUUUGGGACCGCGAUCGCCGCCUCGCCUUCUUUCGGAUGGACUUCUAAGGCUGACAACUCUCCGGAAAGGUUUUCUCGUCUCGCCGGCCUCCUUUUCCACCCGUGUCUCUCUCUCUCCAUCCUCCCCCCCACCCCGCUUUCCCAACCUCUCCGUGACUACUCCUGCGUGACUCCCCUCUAGCCUCCCUCCCUCCUUCCCCAGCUCUUUGGCUGCCCCUUCGCCGUAUCUUAAGCCUUAGUUUCCCCAUCCCCAUCUUCCACCCGCCGUGGUCCCUUCUCCUUCCGCGGAAUUCGCUUGCUACCUUCCUCCGUGGAUUCCCUCCCCCUCCGCCCCUUUUCCUUCCUUGCUUCUUCCUCCUCCUCCUCCUCCUCUUCCCAGGGACUCCACUUUCUUCACUAAGGGUCUGUGCAGAUUGAGGAGGGGUGGUGCUGGAGUGGAGAGAGAGGAAAAGGGGUAGAGGUGUUUUUUUUUAAAAAAGAUUUGCGCAUGCCAGGUGUAAGUCAACUGAGGUCCCUCCUCCCCAAUUCACGUUUGUGUGUGUGUGUGUGUGUGUGUUUUUAAAAUUGGAAAUAGAUUUGCCAAUUGUGUAACUCCUCCCAAUCUGGCGAGUGGCAGGGAAGCAUUUAUUCCUGAUUUUCCUUAAGGCUAGGGAGGUUGCUGAAUAAGGCGGCGCACCUGGGGGAGGGAGAGAGAGAGAGAGAGAGAGAGAGACACGCAGUGAAGACAUGAGCUUGUAAAGUAACACCCCCCCCCACACACACACCCCGUAGAACGGCUUCUUUCCUUUCCUUCCUUUCCCUCUAACUCGCUCCUUCUAUCCUUCUGUCCCUUCCGCAACCCCCAUCCAGUCAAGCCUUCCGACUUCCCCUCCUUUCCCAGGCACGGAAAUCAACAGGCACCCGGAGAGACGGGGAGGAGGAGGAAGAAGAGGAGGAGGAGGUGGGGGGGAGGCACAGAGGGGGUGAACUAUGGAUAUUCUCUGCCCCCUGCUCCAAUUUCUGCUCGCUGUUUGGUGGACUGGUGUAGGAGCCCUGAUCAACUUGAAGUAUUCGGUGGAAGAAGAGCAAAGGGCUGGCACGGUGAUUGCGAAUAUUGCCAAAGAUGCCCGAGACGCAGGCUUUGUGUUGGAUCCUCGGCAGCCCACUGCUUUCCGAGUGGUGUCCAACUCGGCGCCGCACCUGGUGGACAUCAACCCUGGGUCAGGGUUAUUAGUGACCAAGCAGAAGAUUGACCGGGACUUACUUUGCAGACAAAGCCCCAAGUGUGUGAUCUCUUUAGAGGUCAUGUCCAGCUCCAUGGAGAUCUGUGUGAUCAAGCUGGAGAUUAAAGACCUCAAUGAUAAUGCUCCCAGUUUUCCCACGGAUCAAAUUGCGCUGGAGAUCUCUGAGACAGCCAGCCCAGGGACCAGGGUACCACUCGAAAGCGCUUACGAUCCAGACUCGGGCAGCUUUGGAGUGCAGAGCUAUGAGAUCACUCCCAACGAUCUCUUUGGCUUGGAAACCAAGACCCGAGGGGAUGGUUCUCGUUUUGCCGAACUGGUGGUGGAGAAGAGCCUGGAUCGGGAGACCCAAUCUCAUUACAGUUACAUGAUCACAGCUUUGGAUGGGGGGGACCCGCCCAACUUUGGAACGGUGGAGUUAACCAUCAGAGUCAUUGACUCCAAUGACAAUAACCCUCUCUUUGAAGAGCCCUCUUACACCGUUAGCGUGCUGGAGAACGUUCCUCCAGGCACACCGGUGAUCCGCCUCAAUGCCACAGACCCCGAUGAGGGCACCAACGGGCAGGUGUUAUAUUCCAUCCACAGCUAUGUCUCUGAGAAGGCCAGGGACCUCUUCCAGAUCAACCCUCAGACCGGCUUGAUCACAGUCACUGGGGCGAUUGACUAUGAAGAAGGUCAUGCCUACGAACUGGACGUACAGGCUAAAGAUCUGGGUCCCAACUCCAUCCCAGCCCAUUGCAAAGUGACUGUCACUAUACAGGAUGCCAAUGACAACCCGCCCCUCAUUAACUUGCUCUCUGUCAAUAGCGAGCUGGUGGAAGUCAGCGAGAACGCACCUCCGGGCUACGUCAUCGCCUUGGUGAGAGUUUCUGACAGAGAUGCUGGUGCCAAUGGCCGAGUGCAAUGUAAACUGUUGGGCAACGUGCCCUUUCGCUUGCAGGAGUACGAGAGUUUCUCCACGAUUCUAGUAGACGGACGUUUAGACAGGGAGCAGAGGGACCAGUAUAAUCUAACCAUCCAAGCGAAAGACAAUGGGAUCCCUUCUUUGCAGGCCACAAAGUCCUUUACCGUCAAGAUCACAGAUGAGAACGAUAACCACCCUCACUUCUCCAAACCUUAUUACCAGGUCAUUGUGCAGGAGAACAAUACCCCCGGGGCCUACCUCCUUUCCGUUUCUGCCAGGGAUCCUGACCUGGGUCUAAAUGGCAGUGUCUCCUAUCAGAUUGUCCCAUCCCAAGUCAGGGAUAUGCCUGUUUUCACCUAUGUCUCCAUCAACCCCAACUCGGGAGACAUCUACGCCUUGAGAUCGUUCAACCACGAGCAGACCAAGUCUUUUGAGUUCAAGGUCUUGGCCAAAGAUGGAGGCAACCCUUCCUUGCAAAGCAACGCCACCAUCCGAGUUAUUGUCCUGGACGUCAACGACAACACCCCCGUGAUAACAGCCCCUCCUUUAGUCAAUGGGACCGCGGAGGUCUACAUUCCCAGGAACGCUGGUGUUGGCUAUUUGGUGACCGUGGUCAAGGCAGAUGACUACGACGAAGGGGAGAAUGGGAGACUGUCCUACGAGAUGGCUGAAGGGGAUCGAGGGUUUUUUGAGAUCGACCAGGUCAAUGGUGAGAUAAGGACCACCAGAGCCUUCGGGGAAAAUUCCAAGACUACUUAUGAGUUGAUUGUUGUGGCCCACGACCACGGGAAAACAUCGCUUUCAGCAUCGGCCUUGAUUUUGAUAUAUCUUUCUCCAGCCCUGGAUGCCCAAGAAUCCAUAGGAUCUGUAAAUUUGUCCCUGAUUUUUAUUAUUGCCCUGGGUUCCAUUGCUGCCAUUCUGUUUGUCACCAUGAUCUUUGUCGCCGUCAAAUGCAAACGGGAUAACAAAGAAAUCAGGACUUACAACUGCAGAAUUGCAGAGUACUCCUACGGGCACCAAAAGAAAUCUUCCAAGAAGAAAAAAAUCAGCAAGAACGACAUCCGCCUAGUGCCCCGGGAUGUAGAGGAGACUGAUAAAAUGAACGUUGUCAGCUGUUCCUCCUUGACGUCAUCCCUCAACUACUUUGACUAUCACCAACAGACUCUGCCACUGGGUUGUCGCCGAUCGGAAAGCACCUUUCUCAACGUGGAGAACCAAAACAACCGGAACGCUGGCUCCAACCACAACUACCACCACACCUUCACGGGUCAGGGACCCCAGCAACCGGAUCUCAUUAUCAACGGGAUGCCUCUCCCAGAGACCGAAAACUACUCGUUUGAUUCCAACUAUGUGAACAGCCGAGCUCAUUUAAUAAAAAGCAGCUCGACAUUCAAAGAUUUGGAGGGGAACAGCUUGAAGGACAGCGGACACGAAGAGAGUGACCAGACGGACAGUGAACAUGAUGCUCAGCGGGGCCUCUACUGUGACACAGCUGUUAAUGAUGUUUUGAAUACCAGUGUCACUUCCAUGGGGUCUCAGGUGCCCGAACAAGAUCAGAGUGAAGGAUUCCACUGUCGAGAAGAGUGUCGGAUCCUUGGCCAUUCUGACCGAUGCUGGAUGCCCCGGAAUCCUGCCCCCGCCCGAGGCAAAUCUCCUGAACAUGGAAGGAACGUCAUGUCCCUCUCUAUAGGAGCUUCCACUGUGGAUACGGAGCUCUACGAAGACUCUACUGCCAAGAGAACUUUUGCAACAUUUGGCAAAGACAGAAGUGACCCUGUUUCUGAGGAGCGGGGCCCGAUCAAUGUCAAAGGGAAAAGGACAUUGGAUCCCCCCAUCUGUAGCCCGAAGGUGAACGGGGCCAUCCGGGAGGCUGGGAAUGGUUGCGAAGCUAUCAGUCCCAUCACCUCUCCCGUCCAUUUGAAGAGUCCCUCGUCUAGCAAACCGUCGGUGUCCUACAGCCUAUUUCACUGCCCGUCCGGGCGCGACUUAGAGCCGUUUGUGACCAACGGUCCCUCCAGACCUAUGGAAGCGGAGCCCAGGGGCGCAGACAGUGAGAACACAAUGCAUGAAAUUAACCCUCUCCUACAAGAAUGUAGGGAGAAAGACUCGCCCGGCGUGAAGAGGCUAAAGGAUAUUGUACUCUAAAGCGGAUGGAAGGAAAAAACAACAACAACAACAACGCCGCCACCAAACACGUCUCACCGUUUUUAAGAGCUUACUGACAGUUCACCGGGCAAAGUUGCUGUAU